UGCUGUGGUAAAGUGUGAUUGAUGAUACAGUUCUCUUUUUUUAUUUUGCUUCCAUUAUUAUAUCUUCCGCAUAAAAUCAAGAAAAACUGCCUAUUUCAUGGCCAAGUACUUCUGUUUCCCCAGAAGUUGGAAGUCAUGUCAGCUGGUGCUGGUCAAUGUGUAUGCGAAUUAAAGAUAGCAAAUGAACAUAAGAAUCGUGCUGGACUUUUACAUGGUGGAAUGACUUCAACACUUGUGGAUGCUGUAUCAACAAUGGCUUUGUUUAGCAAAAUUGAAAGGCCUGGUGUUAGUAUUGAAAUGAGUGUUUCUUUUAUCCGACCAGCCAAUAUUGGUGAUGAGCUGUUCAUCGAAGGAAAAAUUUUGAAGGUUGGAAAAAAUCUUGCAUUUUUAACAGUUGAUGUGAAAAAUAAAAUAACAGGGCAAAUAAUUGCACAGGGUAAACAUACCAAAUUUGUUGGAGAACAAGCUAGUACAGCCACACCAUCAUCUACAAUUGUAUCCUGAGAAUUUGUGCCAUGAACUGAAAAAUUUUACAUGCCAUCAUUCAUACUUAUGUGUAGUAUAUUUUUAUAUGUUGAAACUUCUUCCUUCUUUUGUGUUCAGUAACGUUGUUAUGAAAAGAAAAAAAUAAGUGUGUAUUGUUUUAAAUGCAUUUUUUGUACAGAAUCUUGAAAAAUUCAUGAAAAGUUUUUUAAUUUUUUUAAACAUAUUUUAAAGCAAAAUUAAACAGAGGUGAAUUAAAAAUGAACAUAAUGUAAUGUUACUUGGCUGCAAAUUAGAAUUAGACAUUUCAAAACAUGCAUUAAUAUAACAUUGAAAUGACAGUUUCUUUGUUUCAGAACUUGAUAAAAAAAGUUAGUACAGAUGUUCUAAAUUAUAUUUCAUGUUACCUUUUAGUGUUUGAUAUAUAUUUGCAAUUGAAAUGUAUUCAUCAGUUGUGUAAAACUGUAAAAAAAUUUUUAAGUCUUCAACCAAAUUAUUGUAAUAAAUUUUUGAGACAUUUUUUUUUCGUUAAAGA